AUGAAUUUGUGUGUCAACUCAAGGGGAGGUACAUGUUUUCUUUCAUCAAAAGACACCUCUAAAGAUUCUCACACGGGGGAGUACAUCUUCAAUUACAUUGACCAGUGGAUUGAAGAUAUAGGAGCUGCAAAGGUAGUGCAAGUGGUCACUGAUAAUGCUACAAACAACGUGGCAGCUGCAAAGAUGCUGAAACAAAAGAGACCAAAUAUAUUUUGGACAGGUUGUGCUGCACACACUAUAGAUCUGAUGCUCGAGGGAAUUUCUAAGCUUCCGGGAAUUGCAAAGAUAAUUGACCAAGCAAAGGCUGUUACGAUCUUUAUAUAUGCUCAUCAUACAACACUGUCCAUGAUGAGAACAUGUACAAAUAACAGAGAUAUCGUAAGACCAGGAGCAACAAGAGGAAAGGCACAACUGAUGAGCAUGUUUGGCAGUGAUGAGUGGCAUAGUUGUAAGCAUUCUAAGUGUCUGAAGGGUAAGAAUACAUUUGACACGAUUAUGAGUCAUGGGUUUUGGAGUAGUGUGAAUGUUGUCUUGAAGAUCUUCAGCCCUCUGGUGAAGGUUCUAAGGCUGGCUGAUGGGGAGAAAGUACCUUCUCUUGGAUUCAUUUAUGGUGAGAUUAUCGAAGCUAAGAAUUCUAUCAAAGAAGCUUCAAAUCAUUUGGAGAAGAACUACCAACCUAUCUUUCGAAUCAUUGAAGAGAAAAUGAAAGAUAGGUUAGAUACUCCUUUGCAUGUGGCUGCCUACUUUCUCAAUCCAUAUUAUUUCUACAAAGAUCCAGAAAUUCAAAAAAGACUAUGA